AUGGGAGAAAAGAAAGCUGCCCCAGGCUCCGAGCCUGUCAAGGGGCCCCUCUCCCGCCCAGCCCACUGCCUUACAGCGGAAGCGGCCACCAGAGAGUUGGCUACCCACGCAGACGAUGGACUUACCACCCAGGAGGCAAACGCCCGUCUCAACACAUACGGCCAGAACAAGCUCGAGGAAGGUGAAGGUGUUUCCGUCGUCAAGAUCCUCAUCCGCCAGAUGGCAAAUGCUAUGAUGCUAGUCCUGAUCAUGGCAAUGGCCGUGAGUUUUGGAAUUCAAUCUUGGAUUGAAGGUGGCGUUAUUGCUGCUGUCAUCGCUCUUAAUAUCAUCGUUGGAUUCUUUCAAGAAUAUGCUGCGGAGAAGACGAUGGACUCUCUCCGCUCGCUGAGUUCCCCAACCGGGACUGUUUCGAGAGACGGACAAACUAUUGUCAUUCCGUCUAUUGAUAUCGUCCCUGGUGAUAUGGUCGAGUUAAAAACCGGUGAUACCGUUCCCGCUGAUCUUCGACUUGUUGAAGCAGUUAAUUUCGAAACCGACGAGGCCCUUCUUACUGGAGAAUCACUUCCUGUCCAGAAGGACUGCGAUACGACCUUCAAGGAGGAUGUUGGCCCUGGCGACAGGUUGAACAUUGCCUAUAGUUCCUCCACCGUCACCCGUGGACGUGCCCGUGGCGUUGUCAUUGCCACCGGUAUGAACACCGAGAUUGGUUCAAUUGCCGCUGCUCUCAGAGCCUCAGAUAGCAAACGCCGGCCGGUAAAGCGUGGACCCAGCGGUGAGACGAAGAAGCGAUGGUAUGUCCAAGCCUGGACUCUAACUGGCACUGAUGCCGUGGGAAGAUUCCUUGGUGUCAACGUCGGAACUCCGCUUCAGCGAAAGCUAUCCAAGCUGGCCCUUAUCCUCUUCGGCGUUGCUGUUCUAUUCGCUAUCGUUGUCAUGAGUGCCAACAAAUGGAGCAGCAAUAACGAAGUUAUCAUCUACGCGGUUGCUACUGGCCUAAGUAUGAUCCCCGCCUGCCUCGUGGUCGUCUUGACCAUCACCAUGGCCGUUGGCACCAAACGAAUGGUUGAACGAAACGUUAUUGUACGAAAGCUGGAUUCACUCGAGGCCCUCGGUGCCGUCACGAACAUCUGCUCUGAUAAGACCGGAACGCUCACUCAGGGUAAAAUGGUGGCGAAGAAGGCUUGGAUUCCAUCGUUAGGAACGUAUUCAGUAGGCACCUCCAACGAGCCAUUCAACCCUGAAGUUGGAGACAUUAGCCUUGAUACCCUUCCUCCCGUCAAAAUGACUGACGAGAAGGUUGCCGAACCCACCGAUGCUGAUGAGCUUAUCAGGGACAACCCCCAGCUUGAAGAAUUCCUGAACAUUGCAUCCAUGGCGAACCUUGCGCAUGUUUAUCGAUCUGAGAGCGAUGGGAAUGAAUGGCGCGCCAGAGGCGAGCCCACGGAGAUCGCAAUCCAGGUAUUUGCGUCAAGAUUCAAUUGGAAUAGGGACCGCUGGGUACAAGGGCAGGGGGCGAUCUGGCACCAGAAAGCUGAAUUCCCCUUUGAUUCUGACGUGAAGAAGAUGUCUGUAAUCUUUCGGAAACUCACCGAAUCGGAAGAUAAGCAGAUGGUCUUCACCAAAGGCGCAGUUGAACGUAUCAUUGAUUCAUGCACGACCGUUGUUAUGGAUGUAGCUGAGGGUCCAGUUCCCAUGACUGAUGCCAUCCGCCAUGACAUCCUCGAGAAUAUGGAAGCGCUGGCCGGACUCGGUCUUCGUAUUCUCGCACUUGCUAGUCGGCCAUAUGAUGCUACCCCCAAUACAUUAGAAGACACGGAUGUCAAUCGUGAAGACGUUGAAAAGGAGCUGCAAUUCUGUGGUCUGAUUGGGCUGUAUGACCCUCCUCGCCCUGAGACUGCCGGCUCCAUUGAAGAGUGCUAUAAAGCCGGAAUAUCAGUCCACAUGGUUACUGGCGAUCACCCUGGGACUGCCCGUGCUAUUGCAGCUCAAGUUGGUAUCAUCCCCGCGGACCUAAGUACGGUUGCACGCGAUGUAGCCGAUGCCAUGGUCAUGACGGCCAGCCAGUUUGACAAGCUAUCCGACGACGAAAUUGACCAUCUACCAACGCUUCCGCUAGUCAUUGCCAGAUGUGCUCCGCACACCAAAGUCCGUAUGAUCAAAGCUCUUCAUCGGCGUGGCAAGUUCGCUGCCAUGACAGGCGACGGAGUCAAUGACUCUCCGUCGUUGAAACAUGCCGAUGUUGGCAUUGCCAUGGGCCAGAGUGGUUCCGAUGUCGCCAAGGAUGCGUCUGAUAUCGUUCUAACGGAUGAUAACUUUGCAUCUAUUCUGAAUGCCGUCGAAGAGGGCCGUCGUAUCUUUGAUAACAUUCAGAAAUUUGUGCUGCAUUUGUUGGCUGAGAACAUUGCUCAAGCCUGUACGUUGCUUAUCGGGCUGGCAUUCAAGGACAAUGAUAACCAGUCUGUGUUCCCGCUGGCUCCCGUCGAGAUCUUAUGGAUCAUCAUGAUCACAUCCGGCAUGCCUGACAUGGGCCUUGGAAUGGAGAUUGCCGCCCCUGAUAUUAUGGACAGGCCACCACAAAGCAAACAAGGAAUCUUCACCUGGGAGAUCAUCGUCGACAUCCUGGCCUAUGGUCUCUGGAUGUCUGCACUGUGCCUGUCGGCCUUCUCGCUGGUCAUGUUCGGGUUUGGCGACGGCGACCUAGGCACUCAUUGCAACCGCGACUAUACUCCAGAAUGUGAUACCGUCUUCCGUGCUCGCGCCACCACUUUCGUCUGUCUGACCUGGUUCGCGCUCUUCCUCGCCUGGGAGAUGGUCAACCUCCGGCGCAGUUUCUUCCGCAUGCAGCCCGGCUCCAAGAAGUAUUUCACCCAGUGGAUGCACGACGUCUGGCGCAACCAGUUCCUCUUCUGGGCGAUCAUGGCAGGCUUCAUCACCAUCUUCCCGCUGCUCUAUAUCCCGGUCAUCAACCACAAGGUCUUCCGCCACACCGGCAUCUCCUGGGAAUGGGGCAUCGUCUUUGUCGAGUCUGCCCUCUUCUUCCUGGGAGUCGAGGCGUGGAAGUGGGGGAAGCGAGUGUUCUUCCGUCGCCAGGCACGGUCUAUGGCUUCCAAGUCUGAAACGCCUCGUUUCCAGGCGAUUAACGCUGGGGGGGAAUAA